GUCAUGAUGAUUUUUUGAGGUCAUAUAAUACAGCCCAAAGCCUACAGCUUCAUAGAACCAGCUAGAAUAGAUACUAGUUUCUACACUGCAGUAUCAUCUACCAUAUGCAUCUUUGCCAAUCACUAUGAAGACUUAUCAUCAUCUGCUUGUCUGCCUCCUCCUCAAGAUUGCAGCCAUUGCUAGAGCUGAGUUUCUGUUUGAGUUUGAGAUAGUGAGGCAUCGCACAAAUGGAAACUGUUUGGGUUUUGAUUUUACCAUCCCCUGCGAGACCUUUGUCAACGAUUUCUGCCUGAGGGGUCCGUCGUUCCUAGGAAAUCCUCGUAACUACGACAGGAACAAUUGUCCACUGGGCAAAAACACUGACCGUGUGUUCGAAACAGUGCCUGCACAGAGGGCAAUACAAUCCAGUGAACCAUGGCCGGGAGUUUUCCAACUCUUCAUUGGUGCUCAUGAUGACGACUAUCCCGCUACUACCUUUGAUUUCCUCGACAACAUAUUUGUUGAUCGAUCGAAAACUGUCAGCAAUGAAUAUUCAUCUGAGGAGACUAUUUGGGGAGACAAUGACAAAGUUGGUGUGGACAUUAGAUUCAGAGUGACGUGCGUGCAACACUUCUACAGAGCUGACUGCAGUCAAUAUUGCUUGGCAAGAAAUGACAAUUCUGGACACUACACUUGCAAUCCAGCGGAUGGGAGCAAAAUAUGCAACAGUGGUUACGAGCAUCCUGAGACCAACUGUGUUGAUUUGAUAACUGCAUGCAGCUCGUCACCGUGUGAUCAUGGUGGCACCUGCUCUCCGAUAGGCCUCACUGAGUUCACCUGCAGCUGUCCCCCCGGCUACACUGGGAGGAGGUGUGAGAUGGAGAUCGAUGAGUGCCUUAACAACACCGUCUGUCUCAAUGGAGGCAACUGCACUGACCUGCUGGCUGACUAUAGUUGCAGCUGUGUCACUGGCUUCACUGGCAAGAGCUGUGAGGUUGAUAUCAAUGAGUGCCUGGAGGUGGUGUGUGUGGGCAAUGCUACCUGUGUCCAUGGCAUCAACCAGUACGAGUGUGUCUGCAACCCUGGCUUUGAGGGACACAACUGUACAGAAAUUGAUCCCUGUGCUGAGACCCCCUGUGCAGCUACAGGCGAGUGCUUAUCAUCUGGCCCCUUUAACUACACCUGUCUCUGCGACAGUGGCUAUACUGGUCAACAUUGUGAGGUCAAUAUUGAUGACUGUGUUGCUGCUACCUGCCCCGAGGACAGCGACUGUAUGGACGGAGUGGAGUCCUACUCAUGUGACUGUCAUGUGGGCUUUGUGGGGGAGAACUGUACCAGUUUGGGUGUCACUGGUGCUGGAUCAGGGUCUGCUACAGGGCCUGCCAUAGGGGGAGCUGUGGGGGGUCUUUUGGCUCUCAUUAUCAUCCUACUCAUCGUCAUACUCGUUGUUGUCAUGAUAUUUGCUCGGGCUCGGAGACGCUCAAAGAGCGAAUACUCUAUACCUCAAAACCCGUAUGCAUCGAGCCCUGUUGAUGAUUCACCAGCUCACAUACUCAACAACUCCCUGUACAUCCAGACGGACGACCCUCUCAUCAACAAUCCUCUCUACACGAUGACUACCAGCACAAGCCCCACCUCUGACCACGUACCAAUACCCGAUCAGUCGACCCGGAGGAGUCCAGAGUUUGACAUGUCCUCGAGCCCUGCUUAUGAUAGUGCGAGGAAUAUCAACAAUCCACUGUACGGUGUGAAAAGCCCCGAACGUAAAGCGGAUCCUAUCUACGCAGAGUUGGAGGGACCGCCACCACAGGGAGCAGCAAAUCAGCCUCAAAAAGGGGCCAAUAAUUACCCAUAUUCGUAUGCUGUUUUGGAGGGCAAUAGGCGACCAACAGCUGGUGUUCCAGUAGCCCCACCCCCUGGAUACGAACAAACCGUGCUGGGCAGUACAACAAAGCCGAGGGAUGGACCACAGUACGAGGAAGUGGAGUUAAAGCCAUUUCCGAAUGGACCAGCACAAAAUGGAGCUGCUGUUCAUGGAUACGAUGUUCCUAAACCAUUGACUGACCCGGAAUCAUCUCAGCCGUUGGUAUACCAGUAUGCUGCUACUUCCGAGGUGGCCACUAAAGACGAACCAUCCAUGCUAGGAGAUACGAUAGUCAAUAAUGAACAGUUUGCUAGGAAAAAAUCCAUUUACGAUUCAGACGAUGAAGUUUUAAUAAACGCUUCUAAACCUUCCCCACCUCCGCGCACUAAACUACCACAAUCACAAGAGGACUCAUCAGAUGUGUACAGUUAUGCCAUCGUCCCUGAUAAUGCACGGAGGAGUGUAAAGGUCAAAGGUGACGUGGAGGAAACCACAGAAUGCCCUCCCUAUGACACAUUGGAGCAUGUCGUGGGAUCUGAUGUUCCUGCACAUCAAAUCAGACUGUCCAAAGUGGAAGGAUCAGGAUAUGAGACUUUGAAAAAUGAAAAUCACUAAGAGAUGAACUUUCCAUAUUCUUGCACAAUAACUAUAAUUCCAUCCAUUCAUAAAAAUUAAUUUUUUUAUUCAGACUUUUUUAUAUUGUACGAUCCCCAAUAAUAAUUUAUCAUAAUUUUCUUCACUUUUAAA